AUGACUUGUACUAAGCAACUCGCGAAAAGUGUUAGAAAUAACUGCGCAGUAGGCCUAGCUGUUCGAAUUUAUAAUAACUGUUCAAUGAAACUGCAUUUAAAAAUUUGAAAUAUUAAUUUUUGUUAAUUGAGAAUUUGCGCAUUCGUUAAACCUGCCUCACAAUUUAUUUGAUACAUCAACAUUAAUGGAUUCCGAAUAUAGUGAAAACACUUCCUGUACGAUUGAUGAUACUGCAGCAAGGAAACGUGCUGCUGUCAAGAAACUCAUUGAACAAUAUUAUUAUCAGUUGACGAAAGGAUGUAGAAAUCCAAGUUGUGCAAAUGAAUUUUGUGCCUCAAGUGGAAAAGUAAAAGAAUUUACCCCUGAUGAAGCAGCAGCUCAGGCUUUGCAACUUUUCAUGAGAAAAGCUCACCUUUGUGGAGCUAAUCCUUCAAAAAUGGCCAAACUACCAAAUCAGGGAAUGUCUGAGUCUGUAAGUAAAAGAUUUGGUCAGUAUCAGGAAGACAAUAAAAAUGAAAAGUCUUCAAGAACAAAUAACCAUAUCCCUUGUGAUGAUGACAUAAGCUGUGAUAGAGUUCAUUCUAGUGUUGAAGAAAGCCCAAUGGAGAUUGUCUCACCUACACAUCCCUCAACAUCGGUCACACUGUUCUCAAUAAAUCCAGGAACAGAAAAGCAACAUUUUUUAUCAGAAAACAUAUUAUUAGAAAUAAUUAGCAAGUGCCAAGAAGAAAAGUCCUAUUCGGUACUGAUCAGAACUUUAGGUGAGGUUUUCUCAAAUAAGGAAUCACUUAUAAAGAGCUUUUUAAAGGAAGAAGGAAGUAUUGUUGUGAACGAAAACCUUACCAAGGAGGACAUCAGAGCAAUGGAGAUUGACCAAGAUAAAGAUCAGGAUUCACAAGAGAUUGAGGAAAAUGUACGUACUACAAAAAUAGGUCCUCUAAAAUCAGAUGAUGUCACACUUGACAUAGAAAGUGUUAGACGUGCAUUUUUGGCAUUAUUUGGAAUUCCUGGCCGCCCUUUUCAAGAUGCUCUCAUUAAUGCACUGAGUACUUUGUGUAUGAACUUAGAAAUUGAUCUGAAAUACCACAAUCCUUACCACAGAGACAAAAAUAUGAUCAACAUAUUUUUAAUAAUAAUGGAGAUACCAAUGCUGGAGUGUCCAGAGUAUCUGGAUUCAGCUCUUCCAGCAUUUUGUAAAACAGCAAGUCUGCUUCCUCUUCCUGCACAAACUAAAUUAGCAAAAGUAUGGUCAAAGGCAAAACCUGAUAAACUAAAAACCAUGAUAGACACCCUACAUCAAGUGAUUACAUUACGUGUCAUAGGAGGCCACUUCUCCCGGGAUUAUUAUCUUAAUGAUGAUGAAAUCAUAGUAGCAGCAACCAAAACCAUGAAGAUUUUAUAUUAUGCUGGCUUAAUGGGUGGCAAUGUAGAAGUAGUGGAUUAUGCUGAUGAGAUUGAACAAAUAGAAGAGGAUGAAAGCUUUCAGGACUUGUUACAAGGUGCUAUCAGUCGAGACUCAAAAGAACCCAAACAAACCAAAACAGAUCUUUUUGCCCAAAACCUUGGCAUACAUAUUCUUGAUUGUCGUAAACCUUUGCUCCCAUUUGAAGAUUACUACAAUGAGCUUCUUAGUGAUAAUUUGGAAAUGGAUCAGGAUUUUACAAAUUAUAAAUCAGGAGGAACAAAGUUUUCUUUCAUGAAUUACUCCUUCAUUCUUACCCCAGCAGUCAAAGCCCAAGGGUUGUACUAUGAUAACAGAAUUCGCAUGUUUAAUGAAAGACGGUUAUCUGUUAUUCAAAGCCUUCUUCAUGGCUCUCCUCCUUAUCCAUUCCUCCGACUUCAUGUUCGAAGAGACCACCUCGUAGAUGAUGCAUUAGUUGGGUUAGAAAUGGUUGCUAUGGAGAACCCAACAAAUUUGAAAAAGCAGUUAGUGGUGGAGUUUGAUGGAGAGCAGGGUGUGGAUGAAGGAGGAGUGUCUAAAGAAUUCUUCCAGCUGGUGGUGGAAGAGUUAUUUAAUCCAGAUUUUGCAAUGUUUACUCUCAACCAAGAGACUGAGACAUAUUGGUUUAAUCCUACUUCUUUCGAGAGUGAUGCACAGUUUACAUUGAUUGGAAUUAUUCUAGGACUAGCCAUAUACAAUAAUGUGAUACUUGAUGUACAUUUCCCAAUGGUUUUAUAUAGAAAAUUGCUGGGGAAAAGAGGGUCUUUUCAUGAUCUGUAUGACUGGAAUCCUGACUUAGCCAGAGGACUACAGUAUUUAUUGGAUUAUCAGGACAGUGACAUCGAAGAUGUUUUCAUGCAGUCAUUUCGAAUCACUUACCAGGAUGUAUUUGGAACAUUACUUACUCAAGAUCUGAAGGAAAAUGGGGAAAAACUUCUAGUCAAUCAAGCAAAUAAGCAGGAGUUUGUAGAAAUGUAUGCUGACUUCCUGUUGAACAGAGCAGUGGAGAAGCAGUUUCGAGCCUUUCGAAGAGGAUUUCAGAUGGUCACAGAAGAUAGUCCCCUGAAAGAACUCUUCAGGCCAGAAGAAGUGGAGCUUUUAGUAUGUGGAAGCAAGCACUUUGACUUCAAUGCUCUUGAGGAAGCUACAGAAUAUGAUGGUGGAUAUACAAGUGACACUCCACUCAUUAGGUAUUUCUGGGAAUUAUUCCAUAAAUUUAGUUUAGAAGAGAAAAGAAAGUUUCUUCAGUUUGCUACAGGAAGUGAUCGAGCUCCAGUUGGUGGCUUGUCGAAACUGAAGCUGGUUAUUGCUCGUAAUGGAACUGAUUCUGACAGACUUCCCACUGCCCAUACCUGUUUCAAUGUUCUGCUGCUACCAGAAUACACCACUAAAGAGAAGCUUAAAGAGAGGUUAUUAAAAGCCAUCAACUAUUCGAAAGGGUUUGGAAUGCUUUGAUGACUAUCUUCAUUCCUUCUUUACGUGUACAGCAUAGCAGCUAAAGUUAGUGAAGUGUUGUCUCAAGACAAACCCACCAAAAUUCUAACAUCCUCUGACACUGUGCUGCAAUGUUCAUCUUCUCUAGUGAAAUGGUUUAUGAUAUUUAUAAGCUUAGAAGUUUUAAUUGUGAGACUAGUAUUCUGGAAGGUCCUGUGUCUUCAAUCUUUUUUUGAUUUGUAAUUAACAUUUAUCUUAAUCUUUGUUUCGAUGAUUAAUUGCUGAACCAUUCUUACCAGUAGUGUUGCUGGUUUGAAACAUCUUUUAACUUAACAAUAAUUUUUACUGAUCUGUUUAUGUUAUGUUUUAAAACUAGAUAUGUUUUAUAUAGGUAUAGGAUUGUUAAGACAGAGAAAUUAAUCACAUUGAAUAAUUGUUUGUUUGUAAUUAAAGACUUUUGCCAUAACUAUAUGUAGUCUUAAAGACAUGUUUGUUUUAAUUACACGUAAUUGCUUGUUAAUCACUCUGUAAAGAUUUUGUAUAAGUAAGUUUGUAAAGUAAACAUGUUAGUGUGGAACAGGGAGGUUUUUAUGUUAUUUUUCAAAUCAAUUUCACUUUUUAUAUAAACAUGCAUUUUUUCUUUGCUAAAAACUGUUUAGAAAUCUAAUAUUUUUCACUGCUUUAAGAGUAACAUUAUACAGAAACAAUUACAACUUGUAUUUACUUUGCUAUCCCAUAGUGUUAUAUAUGAAAUGUUGUGUCUUCUGUAUUAUGGGUGUAGAAGGAUUCCUAGUUGGAACUCCUUUUUCUCAGAUUGGGAUAUGAUCAACAAAGAAACCAACUAUCAUUAUAAGUAUAUAUUACUUGUAAAUUUCCUACAUGAAACGACUCAGUUUUCAUUUAAAGUGAACUUGUGUUGAUAACUAGCCAGCUUUGCCACUCCUCAAGUACAAAGUCCUCUUGUCUAUAAAAGUACGGCAAUUUGUCUUUCUGUAUUGUUGUUUAGUACCUAUUUCUCUUGCUGACUGUACUAUGUCAUUGCUGGAUUAUGACAUUGGCUGCUUUUGUUACCAAUAAGCACAACAUUUAUAGUUUUCAAACUUGUUAUUCUUCCUUGUUAAACUGUCUGUUUCAGCCAGUAUCACACAGUAUGAGAGGAAUAUUCCCAUAGCUUGCAAGAGAAGAAAGAAUGGUACUUUCAUAAGUGGCUUAGAGUGUUCAGUAAUACAGGGUUUGAACCCUGAUGAACAGAGACACUAACAAUGAAGUUUUAUUAUCAAAUAAUUAAUUACAUAAAUUAACAUCAUCAUUUUAAUUCCAUAUAAACAGUUGCAGACAUUAACAUCAUUGUUCUAACUCCAAAUAAUCAGUUACGUACAUUUACAACAUUGUUUUACCAGCAUAUAAACAGUUGCAGAUAUUAAAAUUAUUGUUCUAACUCCAAAUAAUCAGUUACGUACAUUUACAACAUUGUUUUACCAGCAUAUAAACAGUUGCAGAUAUUAACAUUAUUGUUCUAACUCUAAAUAAUCAGUUACGUACAUUUACAACAUUGUUUUACCAGCAUAUAAACAGUUCCAGACAUUAACAUCAUUGUUCUAACUCUAAAUAUACUGUUAUAUACAUCAACAACAUUGUUCUUAAUUCAAAUAAUCAGUUAUAUACAUUAACAACAUUGCUCUAAUUCUAAAUGAACAGUUGUAUAUAUUAUUGUAUUUCCAUAUAAUCAGUUACAUACAUUAACAUCAUUAUUCUAAUUCCAAGUAAUCAGUUAUAUACAUUAACAACAUUGCUCUAAUUCUAAAUGAACUGUUGCAUGCACCAACAGUAUUGUUCUAAUUCCAAGUAAUCAGUUAUAUACAUUAAUAAUAUUGUUCUAAUUCUAAAUGAACUGUUGCAUGCACCAACAAUAUUGUUCUAGUUCCAAGUAAUCAGUUACAUACAUUAAUAAUAUUGUUCUAAUUCCAAGUAAUCAGUUAUACACAUUAACAACAUUGCUCUAAUUCUAAAUGAACUGUUUCAUACACCAACAAUAUUGUUCUAGUUCCAAGUAAUCAGUUACAUACAUUAACAACAUUCUUCUAAUUCCAUAUAAUCAGUUACAGUUUUUUCAGAAAGGAAGAUUUGUUUUUAGAAUUUGUAUGACAUUUUAAUGGUAGAGGAGGUUUUAGUAUUUAAAUAGUAUUUAGAGUACUUGAAAAUGAUUGCACCUUACUGCAAAAGUUGUUAUAAAAUAGUACUUAAUCAGUUACGUACACUAACAACAUUGUUCUAGUUUUAAAUAAUUAGUUACAAACAUUAACAACAUUGUUCUACCUCUAGGUAAACAUUUACAGAAAAUAACUUCAUUGUUCUCAUUCUUUAUGAACAGUAAGAAGAACAGUGCCCUGGCCUUACAGAAAUAUUUGCAUAAAUUAACAGCAAUGUUGUGGCUUUAAAGAAAUACCAUAACAAGUUUUGUUUUUCAAGAUAAACAUUAGCUAAAAAAGUGUGUAAUUAACAGGUUGCCAUAUAAAAGCAAGGUCUAGUGAGGAUGACAUCUGCUGUUCUUCAAUAUCUGCACACUUGUGUGAUAGUUAAUAUUUCCUUUAUAGUUUUCUCGAUAUUCUAUACUUGGCUUUGCAUAACAAUUUAUUAAUGAGAGCUGCAUUCUUUUAGGAAUUUCCAGUAAUUUCAUAAUAUUGCUUUAAAUAUUAAGCCCUCUUUAGAAAAUGUAAACAUUUCAAAAGGUUUUGUUGACAUUUUUUGAAAUAAAUGUAAAAAAACCUGUAUGUGAAUUAAAAGAACUCUUUUGGUGCUCUUUU